AUGGCUGCCGACAAACAGGAUACCGCCGAGCACAUCCUCCAAUGGUACUCAGAUCUCUACAGCCGCCGGGUCGACCUGGUAGGCGACUUUGCAGGAAGUGAGCGAUUCCUCGUGCACGGCGAAUCACUCCUGCUUCAAUGCUUUAGCGACCCACAUCUCGACUUCUCCUCGGGCUACCAAUUGCUACACGCCUCGUACGCUGUCGAGAAAUUUCUGCAGGGCCUCAUUUCGCGGAGCUGCAACUUCCACAUUGCUUUCUUCGACGAACACCAAGAUCUUUGCGUGCCUCAAGAUGCAUCCCCCACCAUUAGCGAAAAGUAUCUGCUUGCACGAGCAGCCAUCAUUCGCCAUCUCCAGGUCCACUUGCCAGAUGCUGUCGAAGAGACCGAGGUCCAUACUUUCCCUUCCACGUCUUCAGACGAAUUCGCAGACUACCUGCGUGCUACCGACAUCUACUUUGUGCUUUGUCAUGAUGGUGCCUCGUUCACGGACAUUCGAAAGAGGAUGCUACUGCAGAAUGAUCUCGGCUCUCUCCAAUCAGAGGAUACAAGUGUAAAGGAGCGACAUCAGACGUACAAGUCGUCGUUUCGUACUUUUAUCUACGGCAUGAUGCAACGUGGCUACAGUGCCGCACUCGUUAAUGGUCUCGAAUGGCUGGACACAAAGGUUGUGACCACUGUCCUAGAGCAUGCGCGUUCCAUGACUCUCGAUGUUUCUUCAGCAGUUCCUCAUCCGACAAGGAACCUCACUGAUAUUGUCGAUCUGUCGCACAUGCGCGGCUUCAUACAGACAAUUAGAGAGUCCUCCGAUCGGCCUCUGACCGAGCGUGAGUAUCUGACGGUGCUAGUCGCUUCAAAGCUUUCUGCCUCAGACGCGAACAUGACUUCUAUACUACUGCACCAGGCAGCAGCGCUUUCAGAGCUAGCUCUGUCGGAGCGUAUCAUCGAACACCAGGAAAUUCCUGAAGAGGUCAACACCUUCAUCAUAGACUUCUGUCGCGAAGCACGCAAGUUCAUCUGCAGUCCAGCAUGGACAGAAGCUUUCGCUGGUCACCCAGAUUGCGAUCUAGCUGACCUUAUCGAUGGACGACUGUUCGCUUUAUAUGCGCGUACCGAUUCACCAACGCCUAGUGCGCACUUUGAGACCCUUCUUAAGGCUACAAAAGCUCUCAACGGCCUCGAGAUCCCAUCGCAGCCAAGCACGUCCUCGGCUGCACAAGACUCAUCGGAGACCAGCAACGACGACGAAAGCUUCAAGUACAAAGUCUUGCCCUUCUCAAACAGCAUUUUCGAUAAACAUCUAGCCCCGAUACACCUGGAGGUAUCUCGCUCCGGCGCCAAGGCAGACCCGACGUCGGCUACAAUCUUUCGUGAAGUGACGCAUUGGCACAAUCAGAAAUCUCUGAACCCAAAGUCCAGAGUGGUUGUGGAGAAGGAUCCUAAGAUUGCAAAGAAAGCACUCCGCCGGAAUCAAUUCUUCAUGGCUGAGAUGACUUCGUACGCCGCCAGUCUGACCAAUGCUGUGGGCAAAGUUCUAGACCCCGAGGUCAUCACUCUUGGAGACAAAUCGAAACCCAUGCCGGCAAGUGUAGAGAGCAAGCGCCCCAAGCAAGUGCAGAGGCAAAGCUCCAAGAACAUCAACGCUUCAAAGCAGGCUAUGCUAGAUAAUAUUGCAGCAAGCUCAAAGCGAAAGGAUGAGGAGAAUGCAAAGCAGUGGUACCAGGCCUGGACGGUUUCUUGCGCUGGGUUCGAAAAGCAGGUCGAUCUGGCUUCCCGAUACAACAAGGCCAGACAAUACCUGGCGGACCGCAACGAGGCUCAGCGCCAGGUAAUUGGUGCCGAUGUGCGCAUUUACAUGCUCAAUGUCCUCUUGGAGAUGUGGCUGCGUCAUUGCCGCGAUGGUACCAAGGACAAAGGUGUCUAUGUUGCAGCACUCCUCUUCGACACUUCGCGCACUCUCUGUAACCACGAGACUGUUACUAAGACCAUUGCGAUAUGCCUCAAAGCUACUAUAGAGCGCUUGAAGUUGCCUAAGCUGCAGGUACCAUCAACACAAGGCGAUCGGAAGCUCCCCUUCAAAUUUGCCUUGGAAGAGACCUUAGUAUCAGACCUUGCCCUGACACUAUCCCCAGAAGAGUUCCAGCUUCUUCAUUGUGGACCUUACUUUGACCGAACGAUUGACUCUGCACCAGACUCUCGUGUACCGUUUGAGCCAGAUGCGUGGCAGCGACGAGUGCUUGAUGAGAUUGAUGCUCGCCGCAGCCUGCUCGUUAUUGCACCAACGUCGGCUGGUAAAACAUUCAUAUCGUUCUAUGCCAUGAAACAAGUCCUGGAAGCCAACAACGAAGAUGUGCUGGUUUAUGUUGCUCCGACAAAGGCCCUGGUCAACCAGAUUGCCGCUGAAAUCCAAGCUCGCUUUUCCAAGAACUACAAAUACAGCCAGUCUGUGUGGGGUAUUCACACGCGAGACUACCGGAUCAACAACCCUACUGGAUGCCAGAUCCUGGUAACGGUGCCCCACAUCUUACAGAUCAUGCUGUUGGCGCCUAGUAACGCAAAGGGUUGGUCUGAGAGGGUCAAAUGGAUCAUCUUUGAUGAAGUUCACUGCAUUGGUCAAGCUGAAGAUGGAUUGAUCUGGGAGCAAUUGCUGCUCAUGGCUCCUUGCCCCAUCAUUGCCCUCUCUGCAACGAUUGGUAAUGCAGAGUCUUUCAACCACUGGCUUUCAGCUACACAAAAGGCUGCCGGUAACGAGUUGGUAAUGGUACAGCAUCCGCACCGAUACUCUGAUCUUCGAAAGUUCGUCUACACACCACCUGCGAAGCGUAACCCAGCCAGCUACCUCCCCCUCCCAGCGAACCGAUCCUUUGCACAGCUGGGUCUAGACGAGCACACGGAUUUUGCGUUCUUGCACCCUGUUGCAAGCUUGAUCAACAGGAGCCGAGGUCUUCCUAGCGACCUAUCCCUCGAAGCUCGGGACUGUCUUACACUGUGGCAGACUAUGUGCAAGUACCAAACCAAGGAUUACCCCGUCGACAAGUCGCUCAACCCAUCUGAGGUCCUUCCUACCGUUAUCAAGAAGGCGGACAUCAUUAAAUGGCAAGAUGGUCUCAAGAAACUGCUUACCGCUUGGAUGGCGGAUGAGGCGUCACCAUUUGAGAAAGUGCGCGAGGACCUCAGCGGUCCGCUGAAGAAACUCGGAGAUCACCCCAUCGACGACGUCAAAGAAGAGGAGGUCGAUAACAAUGGAGAGGUGGAUGAGCUGGGAAUGGAGAUCAAUCAUGACAUUUCAAGCAUACUUCCCCUCUUAGCUGACCUGCAGCAACAAGAUGCUCUGCCAGGUAUCAUCUUCAACUACGACCGCGCCAUUUGCGAGAAGAUGUGCCGUACGCUCAUGAAGCAACUUGUAGACGCCGAAGUUGCCUGGAAAGAGACAAGCCCCAAGUGGAAAAUCAAGCUGCAGCAGUGGGAAGAGUGGAAGAAGGAGGUUCAGCGACGUGAGAAGCAGGGCCUUCGCGGAGAUGCUUCCAAGGGCAUGACCAAGCAGGAUCAAAUGAAGGAAGCGGCCAACGUCGAAGUCAGCGCUUUUGCUUCAUUUGACCCGAACAAGCCUCUUGAUGGCUUCCACUUUGCCGAUCAUAAAAAGUUGUCACAAGAAGAGUUUGCAGUGCAUGCAAAGGAGCUGCGCUACCGUGGCGUGGAAGAAUGGCUGAUUGAUGGUCUUAUGCGCGGAAUCGGUGUGCAUCACGCUGGUAUGAACCGCAAGUACCGGUACUGUGUUGAAAUGCUCUUCCGCAAAGGCUACCUGCGCGUGGUUAUCGCAACAGGUACGCUUGCCUUGGGUAUCAACAUGCCAUGUAAGACUGUUGUCUUUUCAGGAGAUUCCGUCUUCUUGACCGCUCUCAACUUCCGUCAGGCCGCUGGUCGUGCUGGUCGUCGUGGUUUCGACAUGCUUGGAAACGUCGUAUUCCACGGCGUGUCGCUCAGCAAGAUUCACAAACUCAUCAGCUCCCGAUUACCCGAUCUCAAUGGCCACUUCCCCAUUACAACAACUUUGGUGUUACGGUUGUUCACCUUGUUGAACUCAUCGGAGAAUGCACCAUUUGCCGUCCGCUGCGUCAACGCCCUGCUGUCACAACCGCGAUUGUAUCUAGGCGGACAGGAUGCGAAGAUGACAGUACUCCACCAUUUGCGAUUCUCAAUCGAGUAUCUCCGCAGGCAGUAUCUUUUGGAUGCGCAGGGUAUUCCCCUCAACUUUGCUGGCGCAGUUUCUCAUCUUUAUUUCACCGAGAAUUCAUCGUUUGCGUUCCAUGCCCUGCUCAAGGACGGAUACUUCCAUGAGCUGUGCGCCAAGAUUGACACAAACAAGGAGUCGGUCCUUCGUGAGCUUAUGCUCACAAUGUCACACUUGUUUGGCCGGCGUCACUGUCGACAAGCGGAUGAGGAGUACGUGCAGGAGGUGGUCAAGAAGAGCCCAUCAAUCGUGUUUCUACCAGCAAUGCCAGAGACAGCUGCGAAUGUUUUGCGCCGUCACAACAAGACUACGCUCGAUAUAUUCACAGCUUACGUGCGCACAUUCGUCGAUCAGCACGUACCAGAGCCGGAUAACACCCUUCCGUUGACCGCCGUCACGGUCGGUAGCAAGACCCCCAAGUCGGACCAAAACCAGGUCCAAAAUAUCAAGGCUCGCUCGGCGUUCGUUGCGCUGUCCGGAUACGACGACAAGUUUGAGUCUCUUCAUGAUCUAUGCUCUACUAGCCGUUCCGGUGUCUUCCUAGAGGAAGCCGUCGUACCUCACGUUGGUCUGUACCCCGAAGACUCUGAAUUGCCUCUCAACGCAUAUCUGUAUGACUUCUUUAUGCAUGGAGAUGUCGAGGCCCUCAUAAAGGCCAACAAGAUCCGCCGUGGAGAUGUAUGGUUCGUGCUCAAUGACCUGAGUAUGACGCUGGCGACCAUCACUACCAGCUUGUCCAGCUUCUUGGGUCUGGCCACAGAAUCGGACCUGGACUUCAUCGAUAUCCGCGGUGGUGGAGACGAAGAAGAAGAGAACCGAGAAGACAAGAUGCUGCCAAGUGACACUGCAACUGAAGCUAGUGCCACCACAUCUGGCUCGUCAAAUAAGGGCCCUGUAAAGCAAGAACUUACUAUACAGCCCAAGAAGAAGCUCAAGAAGAAGGUAGAGGAAUCAUGGGAAGACGAAAUGGGCAGCGACUCUGAGGAGUCUGAGGUCGAGGAGAGCUGGGACGCAGAGGACAAUGAAGACAAGGAGCCCCCUGCUUGGGAAGAAGGCGAGGGUCUGCUCAACGUGUUGAAAGCGUUCAAGGCUCUCAAGGAGGAUUUUGACACCAAGUUCAGAGCCAUGUGGGCUUAAACGUAUGUGUUGCUAUCAAUAAGACUGUUGCUAU